GUUAGCUUCAUCUUCGUCUUCAUCUGCUCCGACCCGACAAAAAAUGGAGUCCGAUUCAGACUCCGACGGGUCUCACGUCUCUACAACUCCACCACGACAAGCAAAUCCACCACCGCCACCACCACCGUCACCGCCACCAAAACCACCUCUUCUAGUCCCCAACAAACCCAAAAGAAUCAGAAUCAAGCCCUCAAAACCCAAACCACUCCCUCCCAAACCCCAUCACAGCCCCUCAAAACCCGACCCGGAAGAUCCAGAGCCAGACCCUCUCUCCCUCCCUUCCGCGCCCUUCCAAAUUCGCCGUCACUCUGAUUCUGUUCCGGCGUCGUCGACUUCCCACUCCAUCGAAAACCUUCCCGCCGGGUUCUUCUCCAAAUUCGCUUCCUUCUCGAAGAUUCGAAGACCGGUUCUCAAUCUAGAAUCUUCUACAGACGAACCGGUUAGCAAUUCAGACGCUGGGAACUCCGGGAAGCUCGAGAAGGUUGAGAAGAAGAAGCAUCUUAACUUGAUUGGUGCUAGCGUGCCGAUGCCGACGGUGAAGCUGCGAAAGAGUGGUGGCGGUGGCGUCGGUGGCGUUGGCGAAGGGAAUUUCGUGAAGCUGAACUUGUGUGGGAGAAAAAGGAAGUUUAUGAAGAAGGGGUGGAAGAAGAAUGGGAAAUUUGGUGGUAGAUGGAACAAGAGAAGUAAAGGUAAAUUGGAACAAGAUGGGGAGGAUGAUGAGGAGGAGGGUGGUUCUGGAAAUGCUGCACAGCAACAGAAGAAGCAAAGGGGGCGUUGUAAGACAAGGGAGAUUGACUGCGAAGCGGUGGAAGAGGCUGUUUCCGCGGCUCGAGAUGAGGUAUCUGAUGAGAACUUGGUGAAGUUGCUGCAAUUGAUUUAUGGUUAUGAGUGUUUUCGAGAGGGGCAGCUUGAGGCUAUCAAGAUGGUUCUUGCUGGGAAAUCAACCAUGCUUAUUUUGCCGACAGGGGCGGGGAAAUCGUUGUGUUAUCAGUUGCCUGCGAUGAUUUUGCCUGGGAUUACCUUGGUUGUUAGUCCAUUGGUAGCAUUAAUCAUUGAUCAGCUAAAGCAAUUGCCUUCUUGCAUUAGGGGUGCUCUCAUCAGCAGCACCCAGACUCUUGAAGAAGCCUCUGAAACUCUGGUCCAGCUUCGAGAAGGUGCGAUUAAGGUGCUUUUUGUUUCACCAGAGCGGUUCCUGAACGAAGAGUUUCUGUCUACUAUUUCUGCCGGGUCGGCUGUGUCACUUGUUGUUAUUGACGAAGCGCAUUGUAUAUCUGAAUGGUCUCACAAUUUCCGACCUUCAUUCAUGAGACUUAGAGCAUCUCUGCUUCAUAAAAGGCUUAAUGUAGGUUCUGUUCUAGCAAUGACAGCAACUGCUACAACCACCACUUUAGAUGCCAUCAUCUCUGCACUAGAUAUUCCUCGUACCAAUCUUAUUCAGAAGGCACAGUUAAGGGACAAUUUUCAUUUAUCAGUGUCGAUGGUAAAAAAUAGAAUGAAAGACCUCCUGCUUCUGAUAAAGUCUUCUCCAUUUGCGGAAGUUCAAAGCAUCAUCAUAUACUGCAAAUUUCAGAUAGAAACUGAUACAAUUAGCAGAUACUUGAAUGAUAACAAUAUCUUGGCAAAGAGUUAUCACAGUGGUAUCACUUCAAAGGAACGUAGCUAUGUGCAGGAGUUGUUUAGUUCCAACAAGAUCAGAGUGGUCGUUGCGACUGUGGCAUUUGGAAUGGGACUAGAUAAAAGAGAUGUUGGAGCAGUAAUUCAUUACAGUUUGCCUGAAAGUCUUGAAGAGUAUGUACAGGAAAUCGGACGUGCUGGAAGAGAUGGGAGGUUGUCUUAUUGUCACCUAUUUUAUGACGAUGAGACAUAUUUCAAACUUCGUAGUCUAAUGUACAGUGAAGGAGUAGAUGAGUAUGCAGUGAAUAAAUUUCUGCGCGAAGUGUUUCCUUCUGACAAAAACUCAUGUGGGAAAAUCUGUUCAUUAAUCAAAGAAUCUGCUUCACGCAGGUUUGAUAUGAAAGAAGAGGUGAUGCUCACACUUUUGACACGCUUGGAGUUGGGCGAUGUGCAGUACUUGCAUGUACUUCCACCGAUAAAUGUAACUUGUGUUUUGAAUUUUCAUAAGACUCCACCACCGUUCCUUGCCAAAAAGGAUUCUGCUAUUGCAGUAAUUAUAAAAAGAUCUGAAAGUAAGACAGGGCAAUAUGUUUUUGAUAUUCCAACUGUGGCAAAUGACAUGGGAGUUACUGCAGUUGAAUUAACAAAUCAGCUGUCCAACCUGAAGGUAAUGGGAGAAAUAACUUAUGAAAUGAAGGACUUGGCCUACUGUUAUAGGAUUGUUGAAAUCCCAACAGAUCUUUUUUCUCUAUCAGCAGAUGUUACCCAAUGGUUAUCUGAAGUUGAAAUUUGCAAGGUACGAAAAAUGGAUGCAAUGUUUAAUGCUGCAUAUUUUGCUGUAAAUCUAUGCGACAAGAUGCACGGUUGCAGUAAUGCCAAUCACACACCAUGCUUGCAAAGGAAAAUAUUGGAUUACUUUGCAGGAGUUGAUAAUACUGAUUUCUGCAAGAAAAUUUCUCAAAGCAGCCCUUUCCUGCGAGCAGAUAUAAAGGUCUUUCUACAAAGUAAUUCACAGGCUCGAUUUACACCAAGAGCUGUUGCGAGGAUAAUGCAUGGAAUUGCAAGCCCAGCCUAUCCUUCUACAACAUGGUGUAAAACCCAUUUCUGGGGAAGGUAUAAGAAUGUAGACUUUAAGGUGGUGAUGGAAGCAGCAAAGUCAGAACUGAAGAAUUAUGUUGGAAAAGAUAUGCUGUAGCCAUUUAUUAUUGAUUUUAUCAUCUGAUUUUUUUUGGAUUGAGGGUCCCUGAUCUUAAACCGAAUCCAUGGUAUGCAUUGAUCCAAGGGAGAAAAAAACAGUAAUUUUGGGGACCUAUGUGAGUCCUGUCAUGUUGUCACUGGCGUGAAUGUGGCGCCAGCACAAGUCUGUUGCCUCAGGUUGUGACAUUAACAUAGGCCAAAUGAAGAUUGAAGCUCAACCUAAUGCGGUGCUACUCUUGCAUUUGUCCAUUGGGAUACUAUGCGUCCUAGGUGGUAAGGGUCAAGGAUUUACGACCCUUAUCUGUCUUAUUCCCCCCCCAUUAUGUAAAUAGCACUCAAUGAUGAAGGAUGCUAUCAUUAACUUAAAUUCAAAUAUGUAGUGCAUGUAAACUUUCGCCAUUACUGAAAAAUAACAUGUUAAGCAA